AUUACGGAUCCAGGAAGACCAAUGCCUUUACAAACUCAUUAUAUUUAUGAUAUAACAAAAAGCCCGCAAUAUGAACUGACAUUUGUUAGUCAAAUCAUCUGCAUACUAAUUGCCAUGAUGGCCUACGCUGGAAUAGAUAAUUUUCUUAGUCUAUUGGUUUUUCAUAUAUGCGGCCAAUUAGACAUUCUCGAGAAUCGUUUGGCACAUUUAGACAAAUAUAAAAAUUAUGACGAAGUACUGAAAUGUUGCAUAGCAAAACAUAUCCGUUUGCUCAGAGCUAUUGAUGUUAUUGAAGAUACAUAUAAUAUAAUACUUCUUUCCUUAUUUAUAUAUUUUACACUCCUCUUCGCAUUUUAUGGAUUUCGAAUGAUUAGUCUAUUUGAUGAUGGAAAUGAUAUGUCAUUCACUCACUUAAUAUAUUUUAUGUCCGCCAUUUUCAAUAUAUUUUUAAAUAUAUGCUUAUAUUGCAUCCUCGGUGAGAUUCUGAUGACCCAG